UGCAGGUGAAACAUCCUGGACAAGGGACAAGGGACAAGGGACCAGGGAACUAGGGAUAAAAAGAAAGGCUCUGGCGACUUUUGUGCCUUGGUGGCAGACCGCAGAUCGACUUGUAUCAAGUCUCAGCCUCAUCUCGCUUAGACCAAACCAUUCGGGUUACAAACCUCAGACAAGCAGACAAUGAUGGCGCCUAUCGCGGUUGAGACGUUGCACCUUUCACAUCUGCCUGAGCAGCCAGUCUACGUUGCGCUGUUCACAGGCGUCACGAAUGCAUCCCAACUAUUGGACAGAGUGCAGGCCGCUGGUAGAGACGAAUUCAAUGUACAAGAAAGGGCGGACCUUGAGUACGCUUUCCUAGACGCCGCUUCAAUACUCUCUACUACACAUCUUCUAUCUGCAGUUUUUCGAGCGCUAAAUGAUCAGAGUAAGAAUCGUCUGAAAAGCAAAAACAUUCACUCCGAAAUCGUUUUCUGUCUGAGUCCUAACAACAACAUCGGCGAAAGCUUCCGGCGUUUUGGUGUCGCCAAAUCCACGACAAAUCUGCUUGUGGUUAAGGUACCGGAUCAUGAUUCGACAGUGACUGCACAAUCGAUUGCUGAGCAUCUCGACACGCGUAUUGACAUCAAAGGCAGUUCAGUUGCGUUCUCAAACGAAACCUUGGCCGCAUGCUCUCAUAUCGAUAAUAUCAAGAAGAUUUAUAAAAUUACUGAUGACAGCCCCACCCAGCAGGCCAAGAGGAAGAGAAAUGAUAAGCUUCACGUGAAUGGGGACUCGUCCAGCGACGCUCCAAAGAUCGAAAAUUUACAAAAUAUCGAGAGCAUUAUCUUAGGCACUAUGGCGCUCAGAGGUUCUUAAGCACGUUAGCCAUGCACACCUGCAUUGAGAUUCCAGGCUACAAGAGCGUCUAGGCGCAGUGGUAACAACGUCCAAUACUUCACUGUUACAUCCACUAUUCUACAUAUUGAACUCCCCAGUCUAUCGAUGAGCGGCUGCAAUGCAAAUCCAAUUCUACUUGUAGUAAUAUUCGGGCUUGACGUAAUCAGAAAAUGUCUUUGGUUCCUCAUAGCCAUGGUGGUCGUCAUCUGCGCAGAUAGUCUUAGUAACGAAGUACAUAGCAAUGAAGAUUUUGACUUACGACCGUGUUCGUUGUCGUGCGGGUCAUCUGGAGGGCCAACAUAUGCCAUCUUGUAUACAGAUCCGCAUUCAGGGCAUCGGGCAAUGGGCCUUUUGCGGGUCAUCUAUGGGAUUUUAGCAUCACGGUC